AUGACGCUACAGUACCGCCAGUGUCUCCGCGGCGGCGUGGCGGCGGUGCAGGACAGGACCGACCUUAUCUCGCCUACGGCUCGUGUUGCAGGGGGCGCGCGCCGCGCCGCCGCGCGCCGCCAGUGGGUGCCGGUUGGUAGUGGCGAGAGCAGUGCGCCGGCGCGCGGUGCACUCCUGUCGACGUCGACGGGCCGACGGAGAGGUGGAGGACGAGCCGACACCCUGGAGCGGGAGCAGUGCGCCGGGCGCGGCGACGGAACGGCCGCCGCAGGUGCCGUCGGAGGCUGUCCGCCGCCCGCCGCGCUGGACAACGACAAGGAUGACGGUGCUGUGAUGGAGGCCGACGCUCGGGAAGAGACGCACCCGUCGUCUCAGGCCAUCAACCUGAGCUCGUCACGCGCCCGGCCGGUGCCCGUUAACGGUCUGGAGCCGCUCGACCCGCCGGUGAGCUCGGUCAUCAGGAGUACCAGUCGGGCGGCUAGACCGGCGUCCCCUUCGGCCAAGAGCCAUGACUCGGCGGGCGGCGGCACGUCUAUGAUGAUGCCCCCCGGCCUCCAGCACAUGCAGCAGCUCAUUCAGCACCAGCUGAGUCCGGCGCAGUUCCAGAACUUUUUCCAGCAGCAGGGACUCCUGAUGCAGCAACAGCAACAUCAGUUGGCCGAGCUGAGUAAGAAACAGACCGAGGACGCUGUGCGGCAGCUGCAGGAGCAGCUCCAGAUCACCAUGUACCAGCAGACGCAGGUGGCUCACGACAAGAGCAAGUCGGCGGCGCUGUCGCUGCACCACUCGCAGCUGAUGCAGCAGAUGCACAUGUUGCAGCAGCGCUACCUGCUGCACCAGGCGGGCAUGGCGCAGCCGCCCGUCACCUCGGCAGGUCUGUCGGUGAGUGAGGCGGGCGGCGCGUCCUGGACGGACAAAGCCUCGGACCGCCGCUCGGACGGCUCGUCCCCGCCGUACAGCUCGAGUCGCUCGCCGCCGCCGCUGCAGCCGCUGGCCGGCGCCAACGGCCUCCUGCCGGCACUCACCAACGGCCGCUGGGACACCCGCAACGGUACCGACGAGGAGCGUCACGCGCCGCCGCCGCCCCCGCCGCCACCGGCAGAGGAGGAGGACCUGACGGCCAAGACGGGGCCGCUCUUCAGUAACGGCAUCUGCAACUGGCCCGGCUGCGAGGCCGCCUGUCCCGACCGGCCGGCCUUCCUCAAGCACCUGAACUCGGAGCACCGUCUGGAUGACCGGUCGACGGCGCACGUCCGAGUCCAAAUGCAGGUCGUGCAGCAGAUGGAGACCAACCUGGCCAAGGAGAAGGCGCGGCUCUCGGCCAUGAUGGCCCACCUGCACAUGACGAGAGAGAGGAUAGAAGAAGCCAAAACUGAGCCGCCGAUGGCCACUAGCCUGCCGCAGGUGACGGCGGCCAUGUUCCCUGCCUCGGCGCCGCCGGGCCAACUGCUCUCCGGUAACCCGUUCCUGCGGACGGCCAUGCUGCACGGCCACCAGCCGCCGCCGCCGCCGCCGCCGCCGUCCAGCCUGCCGCCGGCCGGCCGACGGCGGGUCACCGACAAACCCAUCUCAGCCAGUCCGUAUGAGGAGUCGCCGGCUCAGCGGAGGCGAGCGGCGGAGCGGUCUGGACAGGACAUCACUGAAGAGCUCGGUCGCAACAGGGAGUUCUACCUGACUACGGACAUCCGGCCACCGUUUACGUACGCGUCUCUGAUCAGACAGGCGAUCAUCGAGUCUCCGGACAAGCAGCUGACGCUGAACGAGAUCUACAGCUGGUUCCAGGGCACGUUCGCCUAUUUCCGGCGCAACGCCGCCACCUGGAAGAACGCGAUCCGCACCAAUCUCUCCCUCCACAAGUGUUUCGUGAGGUAUGAAGACGACUUUGGUUCAUACUGGACGGUCGAUGAUGACGAGUUCGUCAACCGGCGCCACCUGUCCAGAGGCCGGCCCAGAAAGCCCGUGUCCGGGCCAGCCAAGGAUCAGGCGCGCAGCCCGACCCUGUCCAGUAGUCCGACACUGUACGGCGACGCCAUCAAUGCCAGUCUACAGUCGGCGCUGGCCGACUCAACUCUGCCGUUCAUGGCAAACGCGGCCGACCGGCUGCGGGAGCUGCGGGAGCGCGAGGCGCCCACUCUGCUGGGACUGCACCGGCGUGCGUCGCCCUCGCCGCCCAGACACUACCGGCCAGCUAGCGCCAGUCCGGAGCGCGAGCCGCGGCCAGCCGACCAGUUCUCCCAGACGGCCGUCAAGCCCGACUACGACGGCGAGGCCAGCGGCGACGGCGACUCGUCCCGGGACGGCGCCGCCAGCCGCGACACGGGCCUGCCGACGGCCAUCUCACGGGCAGAGCAGGACCUCGGCCUGUCUCUGGUGAAGUCCGAGUACGUCCCAGAGGGCAGUCAGUCGAUGCCGGAGACGGCGACGGCGUGAAGAGCGCCCGCCAGCAAUACAGACACCUCCCGGAGACGGGCCCAGCCGCCCGGCUCCAACGCUCAGCGCGCGCAGAGGACCAGCGCCGCCUAGCGGCAUCCCUGCGCACUUCACUGUGACCGCUCGGCGGAUAGAUGGCGCCAUACGGCGCCGGACGCUCGCUCGCGCCCGUCUCAAAUCAAACGCCCCGCUCGGGGGCGGACAGGCGGCGCUCGCGCGCAGUGUGCAACGCCGCCCGGCGCGGGCGCGCGAGACAGACAGACGGACAGACACUGUGCGCCGCGGGUUUUGUACCUGUGGGCCUGUUGUGUACAGCUGUUCCACCUCAUUCUACGGGUUUCGUUGCGGCCGUGCGGUCGCCGCCGCUGGUGUGCGUGUGUUGCGUUGUGUUUGGUUUGUGGCCACCGCUCCGGUGGCCGGCCGCCCUCUUGUCUGCCUGCCUGGCGUGCGGUGGCGCUCGGCGCCGCCGCGCGGCGCCAGUAGUCCCCAUCGGUACACCCAGUACAAAGCUUGCAAAGAUGCGCGUGUCGAUGCCAUAGGAUCUCCCGGCCAGUGCAGGGGCCGGCCGGCCCCCGGCACCUCUCCAUAACUAGUGUCAUUGUCAGACUGCGCAACUGUGAGUCGCGUCCGCUCGGCGGGGGCGGACAGACGGACCGAGUACGAGCGCGCCAGGCGGGCUCGGAGCCCGCGCUGUCGGGGUCGGAGUGGGGCGGGUGGCGCUUUGAGCUUAGGAGGGCGCCGCGCACGCCGUCCGCCGGUGCAUCAGGGAUGAUUAUCGGGUCCGCGCGCUGCGCUCGCGCUCUCGCCAGUUCCGUUUCCCGGGGCGUCCGCUGGUGCCAAUCGCCACGAGCCGGGCGCCGUCUGUGUUUCGACAUUCCCGGUCGGGCGGCGGCACCGCUCGGCCGUCCGGAGGCGCCCAGCGCUUUGUGUGAUGUUCGACCGACCGGCCUCCUCGGGGUCACCUCCUCUCAAAGACGCGCGCAUCUCAGCCCGACAGUGAUUCGCCUACCGUUUCCAAGCUGUCUCCACUUAAAACGCCGGCCAAAGACCAAUCAAAACUCGGCAGUUCUCUACAACUGGCGGCGCGCGGUGCAAUGGCGCUCCGUUCGGAAAUUCUCUCGCGCGCGCGGCAGACGGCGGCAGGCUGGCGCGCGUGCAGUUUACCUCCCACUGUUGUGACGACAGAAAGCUGACGCUUUUAGUUCCUAGUUCCGGCACGGAUUGUGAGGGCUCCAAAAGAGAGAGAGGGGACGGGUGGGAACUAGGGAGGAGCGAGUGUCCUCCAUAUCAGUUGCCUGUGUAGUACAGUGGUUAACAAUAGACAAUAAACGCUUCUCAUCGGCG